AAACCAGGUUUCUCUUCAAUUUAAGUAGUUUCUUUUGUAAAAUAUACAGUGAAAAAUGCAAAGAAAAGCUUUCUUUCUCUAGGGUUUUGAUGAAAUCUUGGUGUUUCUGGUGAAUUACUGGGACCAACAGUGAUAUUCUCAUUUCUCAAUGAUUAUAGUUUUCUAAGUUUUGAUUAUGAUUUUGUGAAGAAUUAUAUGCCACUACUUUCUAUGAAAUUCAAAAACAUAUUCUGACUUCUGAGUGUAAAAUUUAUGUAGAUUUUUGUUAAUUUAUGUGAGAAACAAUGAAAUGCUGCUCGUGAACUGGUGUUUUGAAUUUUAACAAGAUGCUCUGUUGUGCUUAGAAAGAUAGUAUCAUAUUAAUCACUUUUGUGGAUAUUGGAUUUUGUAUUUAUUAAAAUAUUAAUGGAGUAUUUGCGGGUUUCUUUAAAUAUGGUUUUCUUUGCAGAAUGUGAUAUAACUGUGGUUUGGGACAAAUGUAGGUUCAAUUUUGAAUUUGUAUUUGUUUUUCUUUAGACUGUGUUAAAUAUCUAAACUCAGAGUACAGUACGAGACAGAUGGAAGGUUUAAUUUGAUUUUAAAUUGCUUUUCUUUAAUUUGAUUAUACAUAGUGUUUUCUUUAAGGUAUAAUUAUGGGGUUUCUUUUACUGGAAUUGGGACAGUCUCUGCUGCAUUUGGUCCAUUCUAAGUUCCACAUUCUUUGAUGAUUUUGAAGAUUAACAUUGUGGAAGUUAAAUCUGUGUUUUUCAGAGCUCUUACUGAUAGUAAUUUGGUCUUGUACUUUACAAUGACAUAUUGGGUUUAAUGUCUUUAGAAAGUAUUAUAUAUCUGAAUUUAGAAUAUGGUAGAGACACAUGGAAGGCUGAAUUUGGUUUUACAUUGUUUUUCUUCAAUUUGAUUUUAAUUGAUUUUCCUUAGUUCGAUUUUACAUUAUGUUUUCUUUAAAGAACAAUUAUGGGUUUUCUUUUUAUUGGAAUCAGGACACCGCUGCAUUUGAUCCAUUUUAAAUUCCAUAUUAUUGGAUGAUUUUGAAGAUCAACAUUCUGGAAGUUAAAUCUAUGUUUUUCGGAGGUCUUACUGAUAGUAAUUUGGUCUUUUACAUUUACAGUGACAUUAUUGGGUUCUAAGUUUUUAGCCGGUGUUGUAUGUCUGUUGUAUAUCUGAAUUCAGAAUAUGGUAAAAGACAAAUGAAAGGUUAAAUUUGAUUUUACAUUGUUUUUCUUUAAUUUUGAUUUUACAUUGUUUUUCUUUAAUUUUGAUUUUACAUUGUGUUUUCUUUAAAGAAUAAUUAUGGGUUUUCUUUUAUUGGAAGUGGGACAGUCUCUGACUCUCUGCUGCAUUUGGUCCAUUCUAAAUUCCGCUUUCUUUUAUGAUUUUGAGGAUUAACAUUGUGGAAGUUAUCUAUGUUUUUCGGAGGCCUUACUGAUAGUAAUUUGGUCUUGUACUUUUACAGUGACAUUAUUGGCUCUAAAAUCUUAAUAAUUGGGAAUGGUGUGUCUCCAAUUCCAGUUGUACAACCUUUAGUUGUAUUGGAUGGAAAAUAAACAAUUUGCAGUUAGGGAUGACGAGGAGAAUAGUCAUAAGGAAAAUAAAAAUCGAAGUGGGAAACCCUUUAAUGGAGGAAAGCAUUUGGAAAGGGAAAAUUUACAAGUCAGUGAGAAAUCCAAUGAUUUAACUGAUAAUUUUCAGGUUUGUCCAUUAAUCAUUCUUGGUCGAAAUUGCCCUUCCUCAGAAGAUGAAUUUAAGGAUGGGGUUUCCUUAGGAAGGUCUAGGGUGGUUAUCGAACAUGAAACGAGAAGGGAUGAAGAAAAUCUGCAGGACAGGAAGAAAUCCAAAAUCUCCACUGAUAAUCUUCAGGUUUCUCCAGUGACCAGCCCAAGUCUAAAUGUUCCCUCCGCAGAAUGUAAAUGGCGUUCAUUGGAAAGGUCUAGUGUGGUUAUUAAUCAGGAAAUGGGAAGGGAUGGUGAAAAUGACAGGACCCACAAGCUUGAUAGUUCUGAGAACUCCAAAACUUUGGAAAAGGAUGGGGAAACUCAGGAAAAUACAGGGAGUUCAGGAAAAAGGAGACGUAGCACAUGGGAACUAGAGAGUAAAGAAGGUGAGAAAGAUUUGGUUGAAGGAGAAGGGGCUGGCAAGAGGAGGAAAUCAGGGUGGGCUGAGGAUGAUACCAAGAUAAAGAUGAUGGGACCAAUUAAGCUUCCUGAUUUUGUUGAAGAACUAGCUGUUGGAUUAGAGAAUGACCCUGAGGUCCAAGCUCUAAAUGCCCAGCUCUUGGAGAUCAAUAGGAAGCUUCGAAGUGGAGUUGUCCUUUAUGAGAAUAAGCCUUAUGAGCCUAAAUCGCCUUCUCCUGAACCAAUAUAUGACAACCUUGGGAUCAGAAUAAACACUAGGGACUGUCGAGCACGUGAAAAACUAACCAAAGAGAGGCAGGAGGUGAUCUCCAGGCUGGUUCAGAAGAACCCAUCUUUCAACCCUCCUGUUGAUUACAAGCCUUCCAAGCUCUAUAAUAAGCUCUAUAUACCUGUCAAAGAAUACCCGGAUUUUAAUUUCAUUGGUUUCUUACUUGGGCCACGAGGAAACACUUUGAAGAGAAUGGAGAGAGAAACCGGAGCAAGGAUAGUUAUAAGAGGGAAAGGCUCAGUGAAGGAAGGUAGAGCUCUUCAAAAGCAUCAUGUGAAGCUAGAAUCCUUGCAUGACGAGGACUUGCAUAUUUUGGUGGAAGCGGAUAACCAGCAGUCCUUAGAUGCAGCUGUGUCUAUUCUUGAGAAGCUAUUAAAUCCUAUGAAUGGGGGGCGAAAUAAGCACAAACAUGAGCAACUAAAGGAGCUUUCUUUGAUAAAUGGAGCAACGAGGGGCAAGGAUUUUGUUAGGCUUUAUAAGGAGAAAGGACAUAAAGAGUAUGCUUGCCCUAAUAGAAAUUCAACCUUUAAAGCUAAUGUUUUUUGCCUUUUAUGCAGAGAUAGUGGCCACCUCACAGUAGGUUGCCCUCUAAAAUGUUCAAAUCUUGGCACUCAAAUAGAUAAGGAAUACCAUAGCUGUCUAUUAGAGAAUGGGGGUGGGUUAGGAUGGCCCAUCAAUGUAACCCGGGCACAUAAAGCACCCAGGUUUGCACUAGGCUCGACCCUGACCUUCGAUCACAAGCCCAAGAAAGAGAUCGAUAUUUCAAAAUUGUAUGUGAGUUAUCUGCACCCUUUUAUGAACAGUGAGCACUUGAUUGAGCUUUUCGCUCCCUUUGGCCAGAUUGAAGAUGCAAUAGUGAUCAAGGAUAGGGUCACUGGGGCAAGCAAAGGGUAUGGGUUUGUGAAGUUUGUAUAUGCUGUUAGUGCAUUUCAGGCUAUUACUUGUAUGAACGGGUUUAGAAUUGGGGGGAAAACUUUGGCAGUUAGAGUAGCCGGUUGGCCACCCCAUACAUCAGUGGUGGGGCCCAUGUAGUUGGCUUGGAUGGGCCUACCCGGUUCUACUCUACCACCUCUGGAAGACAUGGGUCUUGGAUUCGCUACUUCACGUGGAAAAGUUGAUAGAGAGCUUGAUUUCUCAUCAUUUGGCACAGGUGCUAAUGAUACAGCACUCAGGUUUUCUUCAUCAUUUCGCCAAAGGUGGCAAUGAUGAUAAGCUUGGGUUUUCUUCCUCAUUUGACAAAGUUGGUAGUGGUAGAGGGCUUGGGUUUCCUUUUCCAUUUGGCAAAGGUGCUAUGGACAUUGGGCUUGAAUUUUCUUCUUCAUUAGGCAAAGAUGGUUUUGACAGCAAAGGCAGUAAUGACAAUGAGCUAUUCUUCUUCCCUUAGCAAAGGUGACAGUGAUCACGGGCUCGGCUUUGCUUCUUGAUUUAUCAAAAUUCAUAGUGAUAGUCUUGACUCUGCUUUGCACAUGUGGCGUUGACAGUGUGCUUAAUUUUCUUCAUCUUAGCAGAGGUGGUAUUGAUGCUUGUGUGGAGAUUUUUCUUCAAAUAGGAGAAAUAAGAAUGAUAGUGGACUCAGAUGUUAUCUUCAUAUAAUGGCAAGUUCAGCUAACAUUUACUUUCAUCUUAUGGGUCGCUGCAUGAUGCAUACCAUGUUCCGGUUUCAUACUAUAUUGACAGAGUACCGCUUCAGUCGGGUCUCAGUUUUCUGGUAAUUUGGGUAGCUUGAGCCAGUUUUGAUUGUAUCACACUUCGUCUCCAACUUCUGGGGUUAACUUGCCCCCAUCAUGGGGCCAUAGAAGCCAUAGACCUCCUCUAUGGGCCAAUAAGUAUAAUCAUCUUAGUGGGUUUUUGUAGCAAGGAAUCUGAACUGAAGAGUUUUGUCUGAUAAAAAAUGAUAGUGAAUUUUACUUGGUUUUGUUUUCGAUGUUCAUUUAAUCUUCAAGUUUAAUGAUGUUCACUAAUCUGAAAUUCCACGGCCCGCGAUCUUUCCUCUGGAAAUUCUGCAAGGCCUUGAAUAACUUGAAAUUUCGAGCUCGCACGCUCUCACUCAAAUGAGAGUAUUGAGUUGUCAAAUUUGUGGUGUUGGUAUCAGAAGGCAUGAGAUUGUCCAAACGGCCUUUGCUUUCUUCAAGAGAAGUGCAUUGCAUGGCGAAAGAGCUAUGCCAUGGAUGUAUAUUGCUUCCCCUUUUGACUUUUUUUUUUUGGCUAAUUUGGCCUUUUGACUCUUUGAAUGAAUGAAACUGUCUCCUUACCUUGCA